UGCUGCAGCUGAAAAUCCACUCCAGACGGAUGCAUUUCCUCUGCUGCAGCACGGCCGGGGCGCUGCUUUAAAACUUCCAGCCCUCAACGUUUUCUUCCUCUUCCACGCAGACCCUUCAGAGGGGAGGAAGCUCCCCAGACAGCCACCAGCUCAUCCUUUUGUCCUCUCCAGAGCGCGUCCCUUUCAUGUCGCCUGAGACCCGAGACAGCUGAAGCUCUGCUGCUGCAGCUCAGAUGUUGGAUAUAGUAGCGAAUCCACAGUGACUUUUACCGCUAGUUUGAGGUUCAGGGCUCGUCCUGGAGCACCGUCCGCUCCGUUCCUUUCUCAGCUGGCCUUUGUGUUUUCAGUGCACAAAUGAGGGCCGAGGUGCUGGUCAUCUGGGUCGGCGUGACCCUGUGCUGCGCCCUGGUCUGUGCAGGGGAAGAGGUUCAAGAGGGCCGACUCUCCGGAGGCCACGUCCAGGCGAGAGAAACCCGGGGACUGGCCAAGCACAGGAGACAGGAGGAGGAAGGAGAUGGUGAAAUGUCAGAUGGGCCCGCCGAGGCAGUGCAGGCAGAGAUGACGAAGCCUAAGAAGAAGAAAACCCCCGAGGAAAUUGAGGCAGCUAAAGCAAGGAAAGCUGCGGAGAAGGAAGCCAAAGCAAAGAAGCAGAGAGGCCCUAAGCCCACCAGAAAGCCCAAGGCACCCAAACCCACCAAGAAACCCAGACCACCAAAACCCACAAAGAAGCCAAAGGCGCCCAAACCCACCAAGAAACCAAAGGCAACAACCACGGUGCAGCCACACAGCAAGGGCCCUUCUCUGGAGGAGAAGGAGAAGAAGCUGCUGAUUGCUCUGGGCUGGGACACAUUGAUUCGACCUGUGACCCCAAAGAGCACUGGAUGGGAGGAGCCUGUUGAGCCGGACCUGGUUGACAAGAAAGCAACCACAACUACUGAGGUCAUCAUGUACAUACCAGAGGAAACCACCACGGUUCCAUUUGUCGGCCCCUGGUAUGAAGAAUACGAUUACGCCGACCUGGCCGACAAGAAACAAGAAGAGGAGGAGGAGAGAGCUCGAAAGGAAAAGGCGGAAAAAGCUGAGCGACUGAGGAAGAAGUGGGAGGAGGAAGAAGAGGAGAGGCUGAAGCAGAUUUCAGUGCCUGUUGAACCAAAGAAGUGUCCCCCCCUGGGCUUGGAGUCUCACCGGGUGGAAGAUGACCAGCUGCUGGCCUCCUCUCAGUCUCACCACGGCUUCACGGCCCAGAGGGGACGACUCAACAUGCAGGGCUCCGACAAUGAGGACGACCUGUUCGGCGGCGCGUGGUGCGCGGAGCCCGAGGAGAGCAGCCAUUGGUUUGAGGUGGACGCCCGCCGAGAGGUGGAGUUCACCGGGGUCAUCACUCAGGGAAGGAACUCGGAGCAGCUUGAGGAUUUCGUGUCCUCCUACUUUGUGGCCUUCAGUAACGACAGCCGUGACUGGACGGUACUUCAUGACGGCUACGCGGAAUGGCUGUUCUAUGGAAAUGUGGACAAGGACACGCCGGUGAUGAGCCAGCUCUUCACGCCCGUGGUCGCGCGUUACCUCCGCAUCCUGCCUCAGAGCUGGAACGGCAGCCUGUGUCUCAGAGCAGAGGUCCUGGCCUGUCAACUCCCCAGCAGCUAUCACAGUGAGAAUGAAGUGAACGCGUCAGACGACCUGGACUUCAGACACCAUAACUACAAGGACAUGAGACAGAUGAUGAAGGUGACAAACGAAGAGUGUCCCAACAUCACCAGGAUUUACAACAUUGGCAAAAGCUCCCAGGGCCUGAAGAUGUACGCCAUGGAGAUCUCCGACAACCCAGGGGAGCACGAGACAGGGGAACCGGAGUUUCGCUACACGGCCGGUCUCCACGGUAACGAGGCGCUGGGCCGAGAGCUCCUGCUCCUGCUGAUGCAGUUCCUGUGCAAGGAGUACAACGACGAAAACCCCAGAGUGCGCCGCCUGGUGGACGGAGUGAGAAUACACCUGGUGCCCUCUCUCAACCCCGACGCUUACGAGCUGGCCUACGAGAUGGGUUCGGAGAUGGGGAACUGGGCACUGGGCCACUGGACUGAAGAAGGUUACGACAUUUUCCAGAACUUCCCGGACCUCAACAGCAUCUUGUGGGGCGCCGAGGACCGAGGCUGGGUCCCCCGCAUAGUGCCCAAUCAUCACAUCCCCCUCCCAGAGAACUUCCUCAAUGGCUCUCUUGCUGUUGAGACCAAAGCCAUCAUUUCCUGGAUGGAGCGCAGCCCAUUUGUGCUGGGAGCUAACUUGCAAGGAGGAGAGAAAAUGGUCGUGUACCCCUUUGACAUGCAGCGCCCGCCAAUUUCUUCGACCGACGGCAGGCGCUGGAGGACUAACGGUGAAAUGAACGAGGAGACGUGGGCCCGUAUUCAGCGGCAGAACGAGGGCGCUCUGAGGGAGACGCCAGACGACGCCAUGUUCCGGUGGUUAGCCAUGUCAUAUGCCCACAGCCACCUGACCAUGACCGAGACCUACCGCGGCUCCUGUCAUGGUGACGAUGUCACCGGGGGACAGGGCAUCACCAACCGAGCCAGCUGGAAACCGGUGGUGGGCAGUAUGAAUGACUUCAGCUACCUGCACACCAACUGCUUCGAGCUCUCCGUCUUCCUGGGCUGUGACAAGUUCCCCCAUGAGAGUGAACUGCCUCUGGAGUGGGAGAGCAACCGCGAGAGUCUGUUGUCCUUCAUUGAACAAGUCAACCGAGGAAUAAAGGGAGUGGUAAGAGAUGUGGAGGGAAACCCGCUGGCCAACGCCACCAUAUCUGUGGAGGGAAUACGGCACGAUGUCAGAACUGCCGUAGGCGGUGAUUACUGGCGGCUCCUGAAUCCGGGGGAGUUCAGGGUCACUGCCAAGGCCGACGGCCACACCCCUCAGACCAGACUGUGCAUGGUGGGCUACGACUCGGGAGCCACUCCGUGCAGCUUCACCCUGGCAAAGUCCAACUGGGACCGCAUCAAGCAGAUCAUGGCGCUGAGCGGCAAGAGGCCCAUCCGGCUGGUCCCCAAGGCGAGAACGACCCCGGCCAGCGCCGUGGCCGUCGGCAGCACCGCUCCAGCGACCGAAAGUCACGCCAGCCUACAGAACGCAGAGCGACUGAGGCGCCUCCGGCUCAUGCGUCUCCGCAGGCUGCGUCUGCAGAGACAAAGAGGCAGUCCGAGUAACACUCCUACUACUCCUACUACUCCUACUACUACUACUACUACUACUACGACAACAACCACGACAACUCCACCACCUGAAACUGAGAGAACAACCUCCUGGUACGAAGCGUGGUUUCCUGUGGACAGUUGGUCGACUGAGAACCCGUUCGACAGCAUCAACUUUGACUCAGUGCCCACGCAGGACUACCCCUUUGAAUACACUAUCGACUGAUCCCUGCACAAAGUCCUCACUAACCAUUGUAUGACGCCGCGACGUCACUAAGUUUAACCACAGCUUUAAAAGUACAAGUCACACAGGUCGUCUGUUAUUUAGUCGUCAGAAGGUUUUCACUCCUCUGGCAAACCUUUUUUCAAAAAAAUCUUUUGUUUUCCGAGAAUUGAUGUGGAAGAGAAAGCCUCUGUUGAGCAGAGACUACGGGACACAAGUUUCUUUGGGUUUCCGUUUCAGAAGAGCUAGUGUUGGUCUCAAUACACACAGGAUAUGAUUCGGUACUUUUCCAUAAGAGAUCCAUGUACAUUGUAUGUUUCUUUAAUGGCUCGUCAAGUGUGAUCGCCGGCCUCAGUGAAACUGAUUUGAUCUAGUUCUGAAUGCAUUUGAUUAAAGUUACAGAUAUUUUCUAAAA